AUGCCUAUUUGUCGUGGAAUUUCGGUAACUAUCCUCACUCCAUUUGCCUUGGACGGAUUACCAGAAACAGUCGUCCAUACUCGAACGCUCUCUAAAUCCGCAGAAGAUGACGGCAAGUUCGCGUCUGUCUUCAUUCCAGCUCAUGCACAGUCUCUUUUUUGGUUAUCAUACUCCGUCGAAGCACCAAGUCAUGACGCCUUCCUUGUAUUUUCACUUUUCAUCCAAAGCCACCAUAUAGUCACAUGGUCCUGCGACGCAGACGAAGAUUGGAGAGGAAAGGUUCAGUUUACACUUUUCAAAAAGGAUGUCAACGAUGUGGUUGGUGGUGCAGGCAUGGAGAAACGAGUAUUCCAGUUCGGAGACGUUCUCCCAGCACAUGAUGAGGAACGUUGUAUUGAAGUGAGAGUAUGUCGGGCAAAUAAAAAAUUACGGAUUCCUAGGCAACUGGGAGACAACACGAGUAUAUGUGUGGGUUCCAGUUUUCAACUGUCAGAAGCUGGCAAGACAAAGCGUGCACAUCCACGAAAGUUCUACGCCUUUGGCUUACUCGAUCCUAAGGAUGAUCCAUAUGCUACAUUCCGAUUCUAUUGUCGUACCGAUAAAGAGAUUGCUACACUCAAUAGCUGCGUGAGCCAGAUGGAAGACCGUAAAGUCUUAACUGCACCCUCUGCUAAAUCCUUAGUUAAAAAUAGCCCUUCUGGCCAGCUUAUUAUGUCAGAAGGUAAUGAAUCCAUCCAUAUACCGCGUAAGGUCCAUCAAAGAGUCGGUUAUGAGGGAGCGUCGUCGCAGCUUUUGCACGCUCCCUGCAUGCCGACACUGCCAAAUACUACGUUGCCCGCUACUACACGUCGCACUGACAUCAAAACACGUCUGUCUAUACCUCCAUCAACAAUUUUGCGUCCACUAUUUGAGCACGGCCCUUUGCCAGCGUCACCUAGAAAAUCACGGUGCCAGGGCACUGACCCCAAAUUCGAUCAGAAAUCUGGACAAGCGAGCAAGGAAAAUAUGGGAGGAAAAGUACGGUGGUUUCUACAGGGCACAAAGAUGCGGAAGGGCUAUUCGGAUACUGCUGCAACGGCGUAUCAAUUUCGUAGCUAG